GGAGAACAAUGCUUUUGCAUGUUCCUGAUCAUUGCAUUUGUUUUGUCUGUGGUCAUGCUCUUCACAUGGAUAGAAACCUCCAACGAAUACCAUGGCUUUGACUGGGUCGUUUUUCUAAUAACAGGAUGCUGGUUCUUCUGGUCCAUUCUAAUGUUGAGUUUAUUUGGGAUAAUGACUGCCUACACUUUAUUGCUACUGAUACUUGGCAUUUUGUUGCUUCGGGAAAGGAUUGAGCUAUAUCUGCACACGAUUCAUAAGAUCCUGGUUAUGGUAGCGAUCCUGCUGUGUGUUUCAUUACUGGUGAUUUUAUUCAAAUUCUGGAAUGAAAGAUGGCUGGUAGUUGGGCUGUCGCUGAAGAUCUUUGCUCCAUAUAUACAUCUGAGCUGCAUAAUUCUGAUGGUCAUCCUUUCCUGGCCUGUGACCUUCUGUGUGGCGUAUUUGGAAAGAGAAGUUAGAGUCAGAAGAUCCAGGGCAUCAUAUUACAAGGAAGAAAGACUCAAGAAAUGUAAUAUAUUCACAAGACUAAGAGCUAUACAACUCACUGUUGGAUUGCCCUUUGUUUUUAUUCUCGUGUGUCUCUAUGCAAUGCCCCUGGGAAUCUACUCUCCCUGCAUCCAGGAGAAAACAGAGUUGGGGCCUAAGCCAGUCUUCUUCGCACACAGAGGUUCACCCAUGGCGGGACCAGAGAAUACCAUGAUGGCCUUUGAGAAAGCUGUUGAAGAAGGUGCCCAUGGGUUGGAGACAGACGUACACCUGAGCACUGACCGCGUGCCUUUUCUCAUGCAUGACUAUGACUUGAGGAGAACAACCAAUAUCAGGGAGGUCAUGCCGGAGGCCGCCUAUAACCACCCCUCCACCUUCUCCUGGCGCAACCUGUCCAAACUGAACGCUGGCGAAUGGUUCGUACACCCACGGACCAGACCAUUUUUCAAUAUGAAACCUCUGUCAGAGGCUGAUAAAAAACGAGCAAGGAACCAGUCAAUUCCACAACUAGCUGAUUUAUUGAAACUUGCAAAGAAGGAAAAAAAAUUUGUGAUAUUUGAUCUUUUCGGUCCUCCACGACAACAUCCUCUCAGAAACACAUAUGUGCGUCAGGUAGUGAGCGUGAUCCUUGCUUCAAAAAUUGAACAACGUCUGAUUUUUUGGUUACCAGGUCAUGAUAGGGAUUAUGUCAGGUACAUGGCCCCUGGUUUUCAGCACGUAGGCCGUUUAUUCUCUAUUGAAUACCUUACCAGAGAAAAUAUCAGUAUAAUAAAUGUUGACUACAAGAGGUUAUUCUACAAUGGACUGAAGGAUUAUAAAGAAGCUAACAUCUAUAUCAAUUUAUAUCUUGUCAAUGAGCCUUGGAUUUUCUCACUAGCCUGGUGUUCCAGAAUUAACUCAGUGACGACAGACAACAUUCCACGUCUGAGUCAGCUUACUCGCCCCCACUUCUUCAUGACUCCCCAGUUCUAUAUGGCCAUAUGGCUCUUUAUGGAUAUUGUUUCUGCAGUUGUCAUCACUGCUAUAUUUUGUUAUCACUGGUGGAAAGAGCUCAAAGCCGAGAAGUUGAUUGAAGCCUCCAGAAACUUCAAAGGUUCUCGAAGUGUAAGUGUUUCGCUGGAACAAAACGAGAAUCAAGAAGCUUCACACUUACCUACAAAGCCUCCUACCCGAGUUGGAGAAACACCCUGGACUCCAGGUUUAGCUGGUAGCAAAAAGAAAUACUCGGAUGCUCCCCAUUUUGAAGAACCCCUCAAGAAGAAACCAGGGUCCGUCAAGAUCACUCAGAGCACUGUUGUGCCAGUGGUGCCCCCCAAGGACGUUGAAGUUGGCCAAGUACCCAACUGGGAGGCUGCUGGGGAAGGUGCUCCUCAGACCACAGUACCCCCCAUGGAGGCAAAUAUAUGAACAAGCCCCUUCAUAGAGACUCCCCAUCCUGAAAUACACCAACAGACACCCAUAGUAGAACCCGCCAAAGAAUCCAGUGCAGCAGCAUCUUCUGCUACAUCCGACAUCCCUUGACAGAAUGUCGUUCAAAAAGAAGUAGCCACAUCCCCUCCUCCUCUCUGUGCCUAAGAACAGUGAUGUACAGAGGGGCAAGGGGGCAUGUAAAAGUUAUAUUAAGGCUGUCAGGUGCACCAUUCUGGCUCAGCCUUUCCAUAAAGAAUGCAGGGAGAAAGAGUGUGGCCUUGGGACUGGAGCUGGUUGUACUCUGGGUUAACACUUUCAUAGUAUUUUCUGCUACGGGAGUAACUGUGGUGAA